AUGUUUUCCAAAAGAUUUGCACUUAUUUUUGCUCUCUGCCAAGGGACACUGUCAUCUCAGAUUUCUGGGAGUUAUAAAAAAAGCGAAUCUUUGAAUCCACAGUGUCUGGAUCAUGGAAAGUUUAAAGGACGUUGGUACCUGUUUAUGGACACACGGAGCGCGAACGUCAGAGACAACACCUAUGGGGAUCAUGAGGUUCUUGAUGAUGGGAGUGUCUUAAUCACACUGUAUCGCUGGUUUCCUUCUUUAGAAGAAUGUCGUACCACAGCACAGAAGUUUGUUCCUUUGGAUUCCGAUUUGUCUGUCAAGUUUGAAGUCAUUCGGAUGUCCACAAAAGAAAAACUAGGUACACACACAAUUUUGUACGUUAAUGAUGACCCUGUCAAUGGAUUUGCGAUCAUGCAUCAACAAACUCACAUAGACACAUACCUAAUUACAACAAGAACCAAGAAUCCAAAAAACCUAGAUGACAAAAUCAGUGCUGCCCUUUCAGGUCUUAACCUGGAUUCUCAGUCCUUCAAAAAGAAAUCAACAAACUAUGGCUGUGAGACCAAAACGGAGAAGGGGU